AUGCAGGCUGCCGUGCGGCAGAAGCUGAGCUUUCCGAGUACCAAGCACAACUACGCGCUGGCGAAGCUGCUUCGAGCUCAGAUGGAGUUUGCUGCCGAGCUGGAGUCUUUGGCCACCCGACGUCGGAGCUUGGAAGCGUCUCUGCGAGACUCUUCCGCAACCCUAGCUGAUGCUGAAGCAGAGGUGGCCGAGACUCGCAUGCAGAGUCUGGGUUUGCGAGCACAGCUGGAGGUUCUGGAAGCUGCCCGGGAUGAAAUUGCUGCGCAAGAGCACCAGGCCAGCAUGCAGCAGCGGGAAGAGGUGAAGCGGCUGGAAUCCUUGGCUGCGAACCUGGCAUCAGAGGCCAAAGAGAUCUCUCAACGGCACGUGAAGGUUACCACAUCUUUGCAGGACGGACUAACCAACGCCACUGACCAAGGGAAAGUGAGAAGACCCAGGAGGACGCACUGGGUUUGGCCCGCACAGCUGCCGCUGAGCGCUGUAGACGUGCGCGAGAGGAAGUGGCUGAGGCCGAGCAAAGACUGGGAAGUUUCCUUCGUCAAUUGGGAGAGGAGCGCUGUCGUGGACUGGAGUUGGCUCGCGAGCUGA